GGGGAAUCAAAUGAAAUAAUUCCAAACUGAAAAGGCAAACUUAGUUAACCCUAACGAGAGAGAGAGAUCGGCACCGCUUUGGAUUCACCUCGUCCUUCGCCUUCCUCUUUCUUCGCUCUGUCUCCUCAUCGCGGUCAGCGUCUCCGUCGCCUCUUCCUCCUCCGACUAACUCCAGAUCCGAGACAGCUAGCAUCACAAUGAACUGGAUCGCACGGAAGAUCCAUCUCUACAACGUCACCAUAGGACUCUACAUGCUCGAUUGGUGGGAGCGAUACCUCUUCAACAUAUUGAUCCUUGUGUUGCUCUGGUUCGUCUUCUACAACGGUUCCAGAUCUGCCACUGAAUUCUACAACGGAUACAUUAAACCCAAAAUGUUGGCCGGCCAAAGUUUUGCAGUGGAAGAGAACAUCAUUAUGUAGAGGAGUUGGAAUUAUAUGAGUUAAGAUCAUCAUGUAUGUUAAAUUCCUUUAAAAUGUCGUUAUCGUUAUGUUUGACAAAAUUAUCUUCUCAAGCGAAGGAACAUUAUUUACUGUCUUUUUCA